AGGUAUGUUCCCGCGGGAGUACACAAUACUCGCUCGCAAAGUACAAGAAACGGCGUCUGCUCUCGGGUGAGGCUUCUGCUCUCUCUCUCGAACCAGAGACCUGCAAAAGUGCAUGCCCAACUAACGUGAUGUGCACAGACAUACUCCUCUUCAGUUGCAAACCAGUUCCGCCACUAACGAAGCUUCAAUUUCUUCACAAAAAGACGGCUUUAGACUGUUGCUACAGUAAAGCAAACACCCAUAGAACACUUAUGGAGAAGCAAAGAAAAUGGCCAAAACCAAUCAGGAGAUCGAUGAAGGUCUGUGCUUUUGGUAUCGGUGAAGGAGAUUCAAUUACCGGGAACUUUUUGCCUUCUGUUUUCACAGUUGCGGUGGCUGUUGCCAAUCGUGUAUUGUACAAACUCGCCCUUGUUCCCAUGAAAAAGUAUCCCUUCUUCCUUGCUCAGGUCACAUCUUUUGGGUAUGUGGUGAUCUAUUUUUCUAUUCUAUGCAUUCGCUAUCAUGCUGGAGUUGUAACAAAAGAUAUGCUAUUGUUACCAAAAUCCAAUUUUAUGGCUAUUGGUCUACUGGAUUCUCUUGGACUUGCUCUUGGGAUGGCUGCAGGAGCCAUGCUUCCAGGACCUGCUAUACCUGUUUUAUCUCAGACAUUUUUGGUUUGGCAGCUUUUCUUCUCCACCUUGAUUCUAGGAAGGAAAUACAGUCCCAAGCAAAUUAUUGGUUGCAUACUUGUAGCUGCUGGUGUGGCUGUGGCUGUCACAAGCGGGCAGAAUGAGGGUCAAUUGCUUCAUAAGGUGGAGUUUAUAUGGCCAUGCGUAAUGAUGGUUUCAGCUGCAUGUCAUUCUGGUGCAUCAAUUCUCAAGGAGUAUGUUUUCAUUGAUUCUGCCAGACGUUUAAAGGGAAAGUCUCUGGACCUCUUUGUUGUCAACUCUUUCAGUUCUGGAUUCCAGGCUCUUUUUGCAUUUCUGCUCCUUCCUUUCUUCUCAAGCUUCAAAGGAAUUUCAUUUCUUGAGUUGCCUACCUACCUGAGGAGUGGUGUGGCUUGUUUUAUAAAUGUGGGGUCUCGAAUAUCAGGGAAAAUUCUAUCAGGUUGUGAAGGAGCUCCCUUAUUGCCCUUAUUAUACAUAGCAGCAAACAUGGCAUUCAAUACCUCUGUGCUUAAUCUCGUCAAGAAUUCUUCUGCAGUGGUUGCAUCACUUACUGUAACAUUAUCAGUGCCACUCUCAAUCUACAUUCUUUCAUUUCCCCUGCCUUGCAUUCCUCAAGCUGCAAGGUUGACCUCAAGCUUUGUUGUUGGGACCAUUGUUCUUGUGUUGGGUUUAAUACUAUACAACCUUCCUCGAAUCAGUGAGCAGGCCUCGAAAAGGAUUUGACAUCCUUUCUUGUUUUAUGUACAGAGACACUCUUGAUAGACAUACCUAUAUAAGUGUGGAAGUGAAGCCGCUUCUUAUGAGAUGGACUCGUUUCAAGAGCACUUAGAAAUCUGGAUAUAAACAUAAAGACCAAAACGUGCUGGUAGUUAAAAAGCCACCAGAGUUGAAUAUUGUUUGUGAGUUAUGCUAUCGGUAUGUUAGAUAAGCAAGCUGGUUAAAAGU